AUGUAAGUAUAUUAAUUGAUAAACUCAAAUGUGGAUGCUAAAACAAAUGAUUAUCCUUUAAGGUGUUUUUAAAUAACAAAGCUUCUUGGAGCUGGAGGUGAAGGUACAGUAUUUCUUUCUACAGCUUAUAAUUGGGGUAAUAAUCCUAAACAAGUUGCUCUUAAAUUACAAAAGAAUAUGAAAGAUCAUGAGAAAUAGUUUAUAUAAAAGUUAAUACAAUAUUAAAACAUUUAUGAGAAUGGAAAUAAUCAACAAUACAUUCCCAGUAACAUAAUUCGAAUAUAUGAUUAUUUUUUAUGGAAAGCUAACCAUUGCAUUAUUAUGGAAGUAGGCUCAGAAAGUUUAUAUGAUUACAUAGCUAAAAAUAACAAUUAAUCCAUAGAUGACAAAAUAAAAAUAUGUUUUUAAGUAAUAAUUUAAUUUUUAAUAAACUUAUAGAUAAGUCAACCAAUACUUUAUUUACAUAAUUAGAAUUUAAUCCAUCAAGAGAUCAAACCAGAAAAUUAUCUGAAAGUAGGAGAUAAUUUUAAAUUAAUUGAUUUUGGAUUGGUUCAUGGAUCUGUGCCUUUCGACUCACAAAUAUAAUAAAUUGGAAAUUUAAUAUUUUAAGCACCAGAAAUUAUAGAAUCUCAAAAUAAUUGUACAGAAAAAGUUGAUGUAUGGGCAUUAGCAUGCUUGUUUUAUGAAAUAUUAUCAUCUAAAUCAUUAUUUAAUGGUAUACUAAAUUUAUAUUCUUAGAAUCAAGUAAAAAGGAAAUAAUAAAUUAAAUAAAAAGACACAAAACUACUCCAGCUUUUGUUAAUGCAAAAAUAAAUUAAUUAUAAACUCCAGAAGAGAUUAAAAAAUUGAUAAUAUCAAUGUUGAAUUAUACUGAUAAAGAACGACCUUCAAUAGAUAAGAUUUGUAAUGAGUUUUAAAAAUACUUAAAUAAAAAUAAUAUUGCUUAAUAAGUUGUAAAUAAUCAAUCAACUCUUACAAGUCCUGCAAAUCAAUAACCAUUUUAAGGUAACUUAACUGAAGCAUAAAUAAUAAAACUUAUUGAAGAUAAAUAUGAAUCAAAGAUUUAAUUUUUAGAAUCAAUUAACACACAACAGUCGUAUAAACAAUUAUUAGAACAAUUAUAACAAACAUUACAAUAGUAAUCGAUCUAAGAAAAUGUACAAAAAGGAUUUUAAAAUAAACUAACAGACAUCGAUUCUUCAUUAAAGUAAUUAUAAGAAAAAUUAACUAAAGUAGAAAAUUAAAAUAAAAUUCUAUAAUAAGAAAAAAAUACAAAUGUAGAAUCACUGCAAUUAUAAUUAUAACAAAAAUAAUAAUAAUUAGAAUAAUAAUUAUUAUAAACCUAAAAUAAUAUGCAAAUAGAUUUUGAAAAUAAACUAAAAGACAUUAAUACUUCUUUUGAUAAUUUCUAAGAAAAAAUAACUAUAAUACAAUAAGAGAAAGAUGAAAGAAUGGAAUCAUUAAAGAUAUAAUCAUAAUAAAUGGUAUAAUAUUAUUAAUCAUUAUUCCAAUAAUAACAAUAUUAAUAAUAAUAAUUGUAAGAUAAUCUACAAAAAGUAUUGGAUAACAAACUAAAAAACAUUGAUUCUUCAAUAAAUUAAUUAAAAGAAUAAUUAACUUAAAUAGAAAAUUAUAAUAUAAAUCAAUAUUCAGAAAAAGAUAAAAUAAUAGAAUCUUUGAGCUAAUCAUAAUCAUCUUAGAGAACAUAAUAACAAUUAUUCGAAGAAUAUUAAAAUUAAUUAUAAUAAUUAACUUAAUCAAUAUAGAGUAAACAAAUAAGCAACGAUUAUUCAUUAAAUUAAUUAAAAGAAUAAUUUACUUAAAUAGAAAAUUAUAAAAUAAAUCAAUAUUCAGAAAAAGAUAAAAUAAUAGAGACUUUGAAUAAAUCAUAUUCAUAACAAAUCUCAUAAUAACAAUAAUUAGAAUAAAAUUAAUAAUAAUUAAAAGAAUAGUUAUAAAUAAUUUAAAAAGAAUAUGAAAACAAACUAAAUGCCAUUGAAUCUACAUUAAAUUAAUUAUAUAUAAAAGCAGAUAUAAAAGAUAAUUCCCAUAAAUUCCAAUAAUAAGAGAAACCUACAUCAAUAUCAUAACAAAUUUAAUUUUAAUAAUCCGCUUAACAAUUAUAAUCAUUACAACAAUAACAAUAAUUAAAUUUAUCAAAACAAUAAUAGAACUAAGAAAAUUUACAGGAUAAUAUAUUUAACAACAACAAUUCUGUAAUUGAUGCUCCUAAUUAUCCAAAUUUUCCUAAUAGAAAAUUUAAAACAAUAAGAAUACUUGGAGAAGGAGCACAAGGAACAGUCUAUUUAGCUAAAUCAAUUAAUUGGGGAUUAAAUGAUUAAAAAUAAUUUGCUUUAAAACGUUAAUAAAAUACUAAAGAUUAUGAAAUUUAAUUUGUUGAUUAUCUGAUAUAAUUUCAGAAUUAAUAUGAAAAUCAAAAUAAUAUAAGUUAAUAUAAUUAUUAGAAAUCUGGAUUAAUUAGAAUUUAUGAAAGAUUUAAAUGGAAUAACUAAGAUGUUUUAAUCAUGGAAUAAGGAGAGAAAGAUUUACAGAAAUUCAUAAAUGAAUAGUAAUUGUUGACAUUUCAAUAGAAACGUGACAUUUUAAUUUAGGUAUUAUUAAAUUAUAAAUAUAUAUUAGAUAUCUUAGUCUAUAUAAUUUUUACAUUAAUAAUAAUUAAUACAUAGAGAUAUUAAACCUGAAAAUUUUAUUAAAAUAGGAAAUCAAUUUAAACUUAUUGAUUUUGGAUAAAUAAGAUCAAAUGAAGGAACAAAUUUAACAAUAAGACCUGGAACAACUUAAUAUUCAGCGCCUGAAAUUAUAGAAAAUAAACAAAAUUAUACUUUUGCAGUAGAUAUUUGGUCUCUUGGAUGCGUAUUUUAUGAAAUUCUAUUAUAUUAAUAAUUAUUCACAGGUUAUUAUAUUGAUAUUAUUAUUUAGGAGAAAGUGAGAAUAAAGUAAAAUAAUAAAUUUUAAAUUCAGAUUAUUUGACUGGAAAAAUGAAUUAGUUAAAAGUAAAUGAUUAGAUCAAAAAUUUAAUGACAAAAAUGCUCAAUCCAAAUUAUUAAUAAAGAUUAUAAAUUAAUUAAGUUCUUUAGGAGUUAAAGAAUAUCGAAUGUGUAUAGAAUAUUCCUUAAUAAAAUUUCCCUCUUUAAAAAUAAAUAAAUGAUCAAUUGAAUUAAGAAUCAACAAAAUAAAACAAUUCAAUAUAGUUUCCGAUUUAGAAAGUAGUUUUCCAUUAAUUUUUAUGA